AAGUUCCACAUACCAGCCGUCACCAUUCUGAUCAUGUCGCAGUUCUAGACGUGCCUCGACUCGACUCUUGCAGCGAACAUUAGACUCGGUCCGCCCCAACCCAAGCCACGGACGGACUGUGGACCCUCGCCCUCGACCUCGACCUCGACCUCGACCUCGACCUCGAUCCUGCGCUUGCUCCCAGCCAACCGCAGCGUCCACAAUCGACAAUCGCCCGACUUCUUGCAUCAUCCAACGCGGGUGCAUACCUCAUCGGUCCCGCGUGUGUCGCGAACCUGUCCUGCUGCACGCCUGCUGCACGCCAGCCCUGUUGCAGUGAUCGCACACCAACUCCACCCAGAACCCCACCACAGUUGCAAACCAUUCCCAUCGUCCAGCGAUCUGCCCUGUCGGCCCUGGUACCGUACCGAAUCCCUCGUGCCCAAACUACGGUACCUCCGUACAUCGUGCACUUGCGCAAUUCCUUCCUCCCAUAUAAACCAUCCCAUCCCGCCAUCGCCCUCCUCGCGUGCUCUUCUUCCACUCUCGACCUCCCGACUUCUGGCCUUCACAUAACAAGGCACUGCAGACCAAUCUGCCCCCUCCCCUCACCAGGUGUCUACCUUGUCGAUUUUUUCCAAACGCAAUCAAUGCUAUUGAUCUCCAAAGCCGUCGACACGUUUUUCCAUUUUCUCGGUGCUUUUGGUGGUAACCCUGCUUGAGACCAAUCUCGGACCUCAGCAACAUGGCACCCACUUUUAAAAAUGUCUUUGGGCCUCCUACCGCCUCUCCUGGUCUCGGCAACACGACCAACGACGAGAAAGUCAUCAAAGAUGCUGACUUCUCUCCAUCUCCGGACCGGGCUGAGCAAGCUGGUCGACCUCGCCACCGCCGCAUGACCAGGAUCGACAGACCGCGAACAGCUUCCAUCUCCGGUACCAUCGUCGGAGCGGACGUCGACGACAGCAGCUCGUUCGAUUCCGAAGAUGCAAUCAAGAAACAGAUGGAGUUGGAGAAGGACUGUGAGAUUCAGUACAGGACUUGCAGCUGGCAAAAGACCGCUGCCCUGCUCUUCUCCGAGUACAUCUGCUUGGCCAUCAUGAGCUUCCCGUACUCUUACUCCGUCCUCGGCUUGGUCCCAGGUUUAAUCUUCACGGUGCUGGUCGCGGCGGUGGUUUUGUACACCUCGCUCAUCGUAUGGGAAUUUUGCCUUCGCCAUCCGGAAGUCAAGGAUGUCUGCGAUGUCGGUCAGGUCAUCUUCUGGGGUCAAAGAUGGGCGUGGUAUUUCACCGCCGUGAUGUUUCUCUUGAACAACACCUUCAUUCAGGGAUUUCACUGCUUGGUCGGCGCGAAAUACCUCAACACGAUGAUUGGACAAGGUAGUGGACGUAUCUGCACCGUUGGCCUCAGCGCCAUCAUCGCAGUCAUCUCCUGGGCGUGUUCCCUGCCACGCACGUUCAACACUCUCUCGAAGCUGGCUGCCUUGUCUGCAUUCUUUACCUUCGUCAGCGUCAUUCUGGCGACCGUGUUCGCUGGUAUCGAGGAUCACCCCGGUGGUGUGGAAGGAUCUCGCUGGCCGAGCUUGGGCAAGCCAACAGUAUACGCACUGAUUGCCCCGGGGACAACAUUCGUGAGUGGCACGAACGCCUUUAUGAACAUUAGCUACACCUUCAUCGGACAAAUUACCAUUCCCUCAUUCAUCGCCGAAAUGAAGGAACCAAAGGAUUUCCCCAAAGCUUUGUGGGCCGUAACGAUUGCGGAAGUCAUCUUGUUCUCCCUGGUGGGAUCCAUAAUCUACGCGUACACCGGAACCAACUACAAUACCGCGCCAGCUUUUGGAUCCCUCGGGAAUGAGAUUUACCUCAAAGUCAGCUUCAGCUUCAUGAUUCCUACCCUCAUCUUCCUUGGCGUGCUGUACGCUUCUGUCUCCAGCCGCUUCGUUUUCUUCCGCGUCUUCCGCGGAACUCGUCACAUCACCAGCAAUACCCUAGUCGGAUGGCUCGGGUGGGCCGCCAUCCUCGCCGCAACGUGGGUGGCAGCUUUUAUCGUGGCGGAGGUCAUCCCGUUCUUCUCGGAUCUGCUCUCCCUGAUGAGCUCUCUGUUCGACAGCUUCUUCGGAUUUAUUUUCUGGGGCGUGGCAUACCUCCGCAUGAGGAAGGCCGACUACGGACCUGGCUUCUGGAAGGUGAGAGGCUGGAAAGGCUGGGCUGGCUCCAUCGUCAACGUCUUACUCAUCCUGGUGGGGCUGUUCUUCCUCACCGGAGGAACAUAUGCGUCGGUGGAGAGCAUCAAGAUGGGCUAUGCGACAUCGACCUUUGGAGGACCCUUCAGCUGUGGGUAUAACGGCCUGUAG